GGGCGUGGUUUUGAUUAUGACGCUCUGUUUUGAAACCUGAUUCCCAGUAUUAGUCUGGAGCUCUGUGCAAUUGUGCAGGAGUAAUAUCGACGGAACCUCGGAGCAGAGCGGGAGCUACCUAACUGGAGAUUUUUGUAUGCAAGAGAAAGCUGCAAGUGUUAAUCUAUUAAACAAACAAAAAAAUCUAGUUGAAAAUAAAAUAAAAACAAACAUAAUAAUGGAUGUUGCCACAGAAAUGAGUUACGCGGUACCCGCAAUGAUAUUCAGCGUCCUAGCCAUUAUUUUGGCAGCUGUAUUUCUAAAAAUGAAAUUAGCAAUCCCCUCAGACCAAGAUGCAACCAAAUCCAACGACGCCACAGACUGUGCAAAGAUUUCGGAGAAACUGGAUGGAGAUUUAAAGACCGUAGACGGGGACAAAACAAAGACGAGCGAGGAUGGAGAACCUGUGGAGGCGAAUAAAGCCACAGAGAUUAAAGGGGAAGAUGUUAAUGUGAAGGACAAAUUUAACGAAGCAGAUGCAGCGGCGACAGAGAGCAGAGACUCGGGGGACGCGAAGGGGAAAGACGGGGGUGAUGCUGGGGGAGAUACGCUGGUUGUGGAAGAAAUCGGAGUAGAGGAGGGGGGUAAUCUGAAAACAAACGUGGACAAAGUUGGCGAGUCUGAAGAGCAAAGUCACCCCCAUCAAGAAAAUAAUGCCACAGUCAACGCUGGGGAACGAGAGAGUGAGGCAGAGACUGUGGGGUCAGUGCAGGCUUCUCCAGAGCUGGUGGAUGGUGAUGACCAUGAUGACGAUGAAGAAAAAGAAUACAAAGUGAACCUGAAGUACAGCCCGGGGAAGAUGAGAGCCAGUCAGUACGAGACCAUGAUGAGCAGGAAGGAACUGGAGGAGGAGCAGAGAGUGCAGAGAGAGCAGCUGACUGCGAUCUUCAGACUGCUGGAAGAGAACAAGGGCACCUUUGGAGAGAUGUCAGAUGUAGACGUGGAAGAACAACUGAAGCUGUACGCCAUUUAAAAGGAACUGUUCUAGCUCUUCUUUUAUAUUCAAAUGAGAUACAAGUAUUGAGACAUACGAAUGGAUACAACUGGAAGAACAUUGGGUCUUUUAUUUUACUCCUGACUGCCGGCAAUGCAUUGAUCACUGUACCUUGAAGACAUUGAAAAAGACUUAUAGUCUAAACAUUUGUCAUUGAAUAUGUUAAGUUUCUUUUAGUAUUUCUGAAUCCUCUGUAGAAAACCAUCUGUUGGGGCUUAAAAAUAAGAGCAAAUGUCUCGAUCAAUCUGCUUUGAAAUUAAAGUAAUUGUAGCUAACAAAAUAAUUCCAUAUACAUUUCUCAGCCAUGCACAUCCAUACAUUAUAUAGAUCUCAAAUGUGCAGUUUAGAAAGAAACCCUAACCCUAACCCUAACACCCCCCCCCCCCCGCCCCCCCCGCCCCCCCGCCCCCCCGCCAGGGACUGUUUAUCCUCAUUGCUCUACAGCAAACCCUGCUGGCCAGGCAGACACCUGCAGGGCUGGCCUUUGUCCUCCACAGGUCGGUAGCUCACUGACAUCUGGUCUUGAGUUCCUGGGUGAAAAAGGAAGCUGGUUUUGCCGUGGGAUCGGAGGACACCCACUGAAUCUUUUGGUUUCCUGAGCCAUGUGGGCAAUUGCUGCAAUGAAGUGAAAAGCGAUUGGGCAUUCCAAAAUGGGAGAAAAUCAGGAAAAAUUAUAAAUCGGACACACUAAGAAAAAAAAAACACACUAAAUCUCUGUUUGUAAGCCAUGCUUUUAGAUGAUCCUUCUUUUCCUAUGUCAUUUCACCUGGAGAGUGGCUUAUUUCCUGUUUAUAAUCAGCUGUUUCCCUUACGGACUGACAUGCUUUCAGCCAGUAACAUCCUUUGAUCCCGAAGACACUGCUGAGGUGAAAUGAUCCAGCAAGUACAAGUGCAAACAGAUAACCCAAGAAAAAGGCAUAGAAACAGAGUUUCCUUUAACCUAAAGUAGUACCAGAUAUCAUGUUUUAAAAUGAAAAUACAGGUUUGCAUGUGCUAAUGGAAGUGCAAAAUGGCUAAGAUUCUUGGAAUGAUGUUGUGAGCUACAAUUACUUUAAAUAUACAAUGGAGUGCGAUUGCCACUGUGGGCUGGAUUUGUCAUUUGAAGGGAAGUCUCAUUUGGACUUUUUAAGAUCACUUAUAAGUGUGCACCACACAAUCUGUGAAAUCUGUGCUGGUCAGUUUUUGCUCUUCGAUUGUUUCCGAUUGCUUUGGCCUUGAUCUCUCACACUGCAGUUCUGUACAUUAAACCUGUGACCAGACUGGAUCAAUUAAUCUAAUUGAGUUCCUUUCUAAUAGUAGUGGUUAGGGCUCAGGACUGGACCGGAGGGUUGUGGGUUCAAUCCCCAGUGGGGGACACUGCUGUUGUACCCUUGAGCAAGGUACUUUCCUAGAUUGCUCCAGUAAAAACCCAACUGUAUAUAUGGGUAAUUGUAUGUAAAAUAAUGUAUAAUGUGAUAUCUUGUAACAAUUGUAAGUCGCCCUGGAUAAGGGCGUCUGCUAAGAAAUAAAUAAUAAUAAUAAUAAUAAUAAUAAUAGUUUCAGCUGGUAUAAAGACCUGAAACUACUGGUAUAAAAACUACUGUAUGUGUGGACCCAAUGCGUUUCAAUUGACCGUUAUACUAUAUGGGUUGAGGCAGUGCUGUCACAUUUCCCAGUUUGAGUGCCCCUCUCUGGAAUUCAGCCCUGGUUUGGGGUACUAAAUGUAUUAUGCAGUGCAUGAGUUAGGAUGGGAACUGUGGACCACACUACAGCAGCAUUGUCCUGUAGAAUUAUUCAUAGCAGCAAACUAGGACUCAUUAGGCCUGGACAUACUGAACUGCAUGUUUACGCAAACACAGAGCGAAUAUAGAGGGAGCAGAACUAAAAUAAAUGCGAUCUGAAUGAGACUCCCCCUUUAUCUGGAGAUGGGAUAAUUUUCAGGAAAUGCUAAGAUAUGUAGUAAGCGAUUCUGUAUUUAUUCAUUUGUUCACACUGUUGGAGGGCAAUGCAUAUGUCUAUUUAUUUACAGACAGAACAGAGUAAAUCCCAGGGCCCCCCUUAUAUAACUUUCCCAUAGUAAAAGCAUAGCAAAGUGUAAUACAGCAUAGGUAAGCAUUGCAAUGCACAGAGGUAUGGUAAAUGUUAGGGAAAUGUAGACUUUCUGAAGUAUGAAUUUGUAUAUAUAUAUACGUUUAUAUUCCAGGAAUAUAUUUAGUAUGAAAGGGCUGAGCGAGCCUCAUCUCAGCUGCACUGGUGAUAUUGUGACACUUCACACCACAGUAUGUAAACAGGUUAGCUGUCGAAUUUAAAUAUGAAUAAAAUAACUUUGAACAAAUGCGGUACUGUCAGCUAGUUAAAUAAUCAGUAGCUGAUCAGCCACGCAUCCUCACAAGGUUUUUAAAAUAUACAAAAACAAUAACAAAUACGUGGCGCUUUUAUCCGCGCCGCAAACAAAAAUACAAAUAAUAAUAAAUAAAUAUAUAGGGGCAGGACACUCUGCCACAGCGCCCCAUAGAACAGCAAAGUCAAUUGUUUCAAGAGCAAAGCAACACUUGAAGAUGAACGCAGUGUAACGUGUACUAUCCUUAACAACAGCAUCUAAAACUGGUACUUGUACACUUUCAAAGACAAGUAUGUUUAUUGUCCCAUACUGUUAAUGGUACAUGGCAAAUCUAAACCCCUACUGUAUCAUGGCCUGCAAAUUAUAUUUAAUACAGUGCUUCUUAAAGAUUCCCAUUUGUCAAUUCUGUUCUUACAAAAACUGUCACGGGAUCAAGGGAUUUUUUUUUUUUUAAUAUUAAAUAUAAGCAAACAUUUUAUAUCUAUAAAAAUGGUGUCUGACUCACCGAACUAGACAGUAACAUUUCUGUGAGCUUGGAAAUAAAUGACACAAAUGAUUGCAACUGCUAGUGCUAGAUGGAGAAAGUUCUUCUUGUAACGUUGACACUUCAUGACUUACAGUAAGAGUUACCGGAGCUUCCUGAGUUACUGAUCUGUUCUAUAUUGGCAGUUGAUUGACUUUAAUCUGUGAAAAUGUGAUGUUCCAUAUAGGCUGUAAUAGAAAAGUACAGACAAGUCACUUCAACAUCAUUAGCUUAGAUUGCAGGGUGGACACCAAUUCCAUAGCAGAUCUAUUACAGAUUGGACUAUGGGUUAAGAAGACACAUAAACUUGUUACAUAUACACUGUUGAUAACCAAGUUGUCAGUAACCUGGAAUGGUUAAGCAAUAUAACUUUUAUUGUGUUUUACAUAUUAGAGAAAUGAAGACACAUUAUCUAAGUUACAGUUUUUAACAUGUUUUAAGUUGGCAGGUAUUAAUAAAAAGGGGUGAGUGUUUGCCAAAAAAAUACUAAAUGAAAGCUGUCUUCUGAUAUGGAAGUAUUUAAUAGCCUGUCACAAUGGUAUUUAUAGCUGUUAUUUUUUUGUCUUACUUUUUCCUGGCUGCUUAGAAUUCAAAAUAAAUGUAGUAAAAAGAGUUGUAAAAUAAUGUAGUAAAAUAAGGAGAUAUUUUUACUAGUGACAGGACUGAGGCCUGCCCCUACAAAUAAUGUAUAUUUGGUGGAGUUUAUAAAUAAAAUAUGGUUUUGUUGUGAUUGUAAAUACAAAUGUUUAAAUAAAGUAUUUUUAUUACUUUAUUAAAUGUUUAAUAAAGUGUGUGCUAGAUAUGGCAGGGCUGGGAGGAUAGACUUCCCUCCCUGCCUAAUUGAAACUUAUUGUGCAGCAGGUGGCUAGGUGUUAAUGGACUAAUUGAUUAUCAAUUAGCCCCUGCACUGCCGGAGUGCCCAGCACUGCUGCCAGCAUCACUGCCGGAAUGCCCAACGCUGUUGCCAGCGUCAUUACUGCCGGAGUGCCCAGCGCUGCUGCGAGCGUCACUGCCGGAGUGCACCGUGCUGUUGCCAGUGCCACUGCCGGAGUGCCCAGCGCUGCUGCCAGUGUCACUGCCGGAGUGCCCAGCGCUGCUGCCAGUGUCACUGCCGGAGUGCCCAGCGCUGCUGCCUGCGUCACUGCCGGAGUGCACCAUGCUGUUGCUAGCGUCACUGCCGGAGUAUCCAGCACCACUGCUAGAGUGCCUCUCUUCAGCGCCUAUACUGGAGGGCCCCUCACAAGCAACACCAGCAGUAAGCCUGUGGCUUGCACCGGUGCCAGAGCCAUCCUCUGGAUAGAAGCCCCAAGAAAGGACAAAGGGGGGGUAGGCCAGGGUUGAACAGAUGCCCCUUUCAGAAGCCCAGGGGUCACCAUGGGGGUUGAACGGGCACCCCCUAACAGAAGCCCAGUAAAUAGCAGGCAGGUAGUGUUGGGGCCAACUGACAUCAGACGGAAGGGUGUGUGGGUGGUUGAAAGCAGUUAUUUCCUUCUGGUAUUUGAUAGAGGCUAGCUGAGCCCCAACAUUCCCUCUCUCCCACCUGUGUGUUUCUUGGGGACAGCAUGGGUAAGAAUUACAAAUGGACCCAGAGGGGUUCCAUUCUGAGUGGGAGGGUAUGUGGCAGGGCUGAGUCCUGCCCCUGUAAAUAAUGGAUAUUCAGUGGGCUUUUGAUUUUAAAUAAAAUUUAAAAAAUGGUAAAAAUAUAGUGUGUGCUAGAUAUGGCAGGGCUGGAAGGUUAGACUUCCAACAACUGUAACUGCCUGUGUGAUUCCCAAUAAAACCUGAAUGACUGUGCUGCGUUUAAAUCUCAUCUCUCACCGGAUACCCACAUUGUAACAGACCCCAAUUAGCAUUAAUCCUGGACUACUUUAGCUAAGGAACAUUAAAUUGUCCAAGAUUAAUGCUAAUCUGUGGAAUCUUAGGUUAGAUUGUAAUUCAUUUUGGGAGCUGCUGUGAUUUUGAUUAUUUCUAUAUGUUCUAUAUAUAUUAUAAUUUAUAUGACUCGGAUCGUAAUUCCACGAUAUGAUCUCAGUGCCUCCUUAUCUAAGCAACCGAUUGUUUAGUGGAAUGCAAAGUGAGUGUUGUUAUCUCUGACUUGCUCCAGUUUGUUUAAUAACCCCAGACGGUAUUUGUUGACAAACUGCAAUAAAUGUGGGAU